AUGGCGGCGGCGGCCGCGCUGGGCCCGGCGCCGGCCCUGUGCCGCUCGGUGCACUGGUUCCGCCGCGGGCUGCGGCUCCACGACAACCCGGCGCUGCAGGAAGCGCUGCGGGACGCCACGUCCCUCCGCUGCAUCUAUAUCCUGGACCCCUGGUUCGCCGCCUCCUCCGCCGUGGGCAUCAACCGCUGGCGAUUUCUUCUCCAAUCCCUGGAAGAUCUGGAUAACAGUUUAAGGAAACUGAACUCUCGCCUGUUUGUUGUGCGAGGGCAGCCAACAGAUGUCUUCCCAAGACUCUUUAAAGAAUGGGGAGUCACUCGUCUCACCUUUGAAUAUGACUCGGAGCCGUUUGGAAAGGAGAGGGAUGCAGCUAUCGUCAAACUGGCCAAGGAGGCUGGUGUGGAGGUGGUGAUAGAGAACUCCCACACCCUCUAUGACCUGGACAGAAUAAUUGAGCUCAAUGGCCACAAGCCACCCCUCACCUACAAGCGCUUCCAGGCCAUCAUUAGCCGUAUGGAGCUCCCCAAGAAGCCAGUGAGCACUGUAAUAAGUCAGCAGAUGGAAACAUGUAAAGUGGACAUCCAGGAAAACCAUGACGAUGUCUAUGGGGUCCCAUCCCUGGAAGAGCUGGGCUUUCCUACUGAUGGUCUUGCCCCUGCAGUCUGGCAAGGAGGGGAGACAGAAGCUCUGGCACGGCUGGAUAAACACUUGGAAAGAAAGGCAUGGGUUGCAAAUUACGAAAGACCACGGAUGAAUGCCAACUCAUUGCUGGCCAGUCCUACAGGACUCAGUCCCUACCUGCGUUUUGGCUGCUUGUCCUGCCGCUUGUUUUACUAUCGUCUCUGGGAGCUGUACAAGAAGGUGAAGCGGAACAGCACACCCCCCCUCUCUCUGUACGGACAGCUGCUGUGGCGGGAGUUCUUCUACACAGCAGCCACCAACAACCCAAAGUUUGAUCGCAUGGAGGGGAAUCCCAUCUGCAUACAAAUCCCCUGGGACAGGAACCCUGAAGCCUUGGCAAAGUGGGCAGAGGGCAAGACAGGCUUCCCUUGGAUUGAUGCAAUCAUGACCCAACUGAGACAAGAAGGGUGGAUUCACCAUCUGGCCAGACAUGCAGUGGCCUGCUUCCUGACCAGGGGUGACCUCUGGAUCAGCUGGGAGUCAGGAGUCAGGGUGUUUGAUGAGCUGUUGCUGGAUGCAGAUUUCAGCGUGAACGCGGGCAGCUGGAUGUGGCUCUCAUGCAGCGCGUUCUUCCAGCAGUUCUUCCACUGUUACUGUCCUGUGGGCUUCGGACGUCGCACAGACCCCAGUGGUGACUAUGUGAAGAGGUAUCUGCCCAAACUAAAGGGUUUCCCUUCACGAUAUAUCUACGAACCAUGGAAUGCCCCAGAGUCUGUGCAGAAGGCAGCCAAGUGCAUCAUUGGGGUGGACUACCCCAAACCCAUGGUGAACCAUGCAGAGACCAGCCGACUGAACAUCGAGCGCAUGAAGCAGAUCUACCAGCAGCUGUCACGCUAUAGAGGCCUCUGUUUGCUGGCAUCUGUCCCUUCUUGUGUGGAAGAUCUCAGUGGCCCGGUCACAGACUCUGCUUCAGGGCAGGGCUGCAGCACCAGUACAGCAGUGAGGCUGUCUCAAGCAGACCAGGCUUCUCCAAAACGCAAACACGAGGGAGCGGAAGAGCCAUGCCCUGAAGAACUGUACAAACGAGCCAAAGUGACAGAUCUCCCCGCUUCAGAGAUCUCUGGAAAGAGUUUGUGAUUCCAGCGACAAGCACCUUGCAAGUGAAGAGAGAGAGCGCUGAAGAGGUGACCAGAAAAGUAGGAGCUGCUGUCACAGAGGGACUGGAACUUGCCGUCUGCAACAGGAAAUCCAGGGUCUCGUGUAACUGUGUAAUUCCAAUAGCUGCCACAGAAGGGCGCUGCAUUACUUGUGCUUGGGAAUAUUUGGCUUUUUGGUCUCCAGGGAGCCAAAUACAUCUCUUCUCAGCCAUUCCCACAUCUGCCCACAUUAAACAGGGCAAGAACAUUCUGUCAACUUGCUCACUCCCAGGUGUAUCUUUCUUUUCUGACAAUGGCUCAGUGUGUAUGAGUUGAUGCAUUGAUGCAGGAAUUUGGCAUCUGCACAUCUCAGAAAUAGUGAGCAUCCUUUCUCAGCAAUAGUACUUGGUAGUGAUGUAUGCUGAUUAAUUCAAAUUAUAGUAGGAGUUAAGAAGGAAGCUGCUACAAUGUCAAAAAUAGAGUACCCAUCCUACAAGAGAACAGGGAAAACUCAGUAUUUCUUUCAUUAGGCUGACGAGGAAGGAGAUGCUUUCUGAGUAAAUCAAGGUAAUGCUAUGUGGGAUGGAAACAAAAUGAAGGUCAACUGUAGCACAAGAACAGAUACCCUUGAAAGGCACUUAAAACUUUCCUUGCAAAAAAACAUUGCCACUGCAAGGUGAGUCAUAGUGCUAUUGCCUGGAAUGGGCCACUUCAGAGCUGUUUGACAUCUGGGGAAGAGAAACUCUCUACAGCUCCCUGGAAGGAAAUUGUAGCCAGGUGGGGGUUGGUCUCUUCUCCC